AUGCGUUUCUAUCUCCGACACUUACACGAAAAGAUCGGAGAAGAGCACUCAAAGUGGCUUCAAGAACAUUCAAGUACCAAAACUUUGUCUCUCUAUCGUGGUCUCUCCAUAUCUAAAGAAGAUUUUGCCAAACUAAAAGCGAAAGUCGGUGGUUUUAUGUCCAUUACAAGUUUUCUAUCAACCAGUCAAGAUGAAAGUGUUUCACGAAGCUUCAUUCUGCCAGGAAAGGGUGAAACAUUGGGUGUACUGCUUCAGAUUGAAGUUGAUAUUGAAAAAUGUAAAACACCGUUUGCUGAUGUUGUGGGACAGAGUCAAUUUGACAAUGAAAAAGAAAUACUCUUUACAAUGGGCACAGUGUUUCGCAUUCAAACUGUACAGCAAGACAGCAGUCAAAAGAUUUGGUUGGUGCACCUGCUUGCCACUGACGAAGAAGAUAAAGAGCUGCGAAAACUCACAGAACACAUGAGAGAUAGCAUUAUCGUCUUGAAUUCGCUUGGGAGUCUGGCAAAACAAAUGGGUCAACAUGAAAAAGCUAUUGAAAAUUAUGAAAAAUCGCUUGAAAUUGAUUUAAAAUAUUUGCCAAAAACUGAUUCAUCGUUAGCUUCCACCUAUAAUAACAUUGGCAGUAUUUACGAUGAUCAAGAUGACCACGAAAAGGCAUUAUUUUACUACAACAGAGCCUUAGAGUUAGAACUAAAGGCGCCGGAUCCUCAUCAACCUCGCGUUGCUACUUAUUAUAAUAACAUUGAAAGUCAUUCGCAUAUUCCUUCAGCUUCAAUAGCUUUUAGGCUUACGCCCACUCCUUCCCUUGGCCGUGAUAUCUGA